AUGUGGAUUGAUGAGAAUCUAACGUGGGAUCCUAGUGAGUACGGAGGAGUAAACAUUACAACUGUCAAACCAAGUGACGUCUGGCUUCCGGAUAUUUCCCUCUAUGAAAACGCUCAGAAGGAAUUCAUCAACUUUCAAGAAACAUUCAUUAUGGUGUCUCCUAAUGGCGAGAUGGAUUGGUACUUUCCUGCAACUGUGACGUCACUGUGUAAAGUAGACAUUACAUACUUCCCUUACGAUGUUCAAAGGUGUAACGUCACGUUCGGUCCCUGGUCGUACAUGAAACACAUGGUUGACUUUCAGCUUUCUCGGCAUUCCGACACCACAAUGGACCUCUUCCAUCAGAACGAUGUCUGGGUCUUGCAACACUCUGUAGGCCAAACCCUUGACAAGGAACUAUGUUGUGAUAAUCGUACCUGGAGCGCCAUAACUUACCAGAUUACCAUUCGACGAAUGUCUCUGUUCUACACUAAGACGGUGGUGCUGCCCGCCUUGCUCUUCACCAUGCUCAUGACCAUUGUCUGUUGGCUUCAUCCAGCCUCUGGUGAGAAGGUGACCUUGGCUGUCAGUAACCUUCUGGCUUUAAUCCUCUUCCAGCAGCUCGUAGCCGAUAGGAUGCCACCGAGCGGGGAAACUACGUCAAUUCUUGUGGAUUUCUUCAUCUCGAUGAUAGCUAUGUGUGGAGUUGAGGUCUUUUGCGCCAUCGCGGUUCUGCGUAUCUACCACAUGGGUGGACAGACCGAGCUUCCACAUUUCCUUAGAAGAUUGAUGCUAUAUGGACCCGUUCUUUCCCUCUACAAUGGAAAGAGAACCAAGGAGAUCUUGAAAACACAACAGGCAAAUCAUGAGUAA